GAUGUGACGUCAGAGCCAAGCGGCGUCAGAGCGUCCAUUCGAGAAGAGCACUGGGACGAGGUAGACGUAUAGUUGCGUCCCGAAAUUAUAUUAGUGUUUCGGUACAUACUUACCCACCAACACAAUUACUUCAGACAAAAUGCCACCGAAGACUAAGAUCUUCGUUGGCAAGCUGCCGCCAACGUGUAAGGAUUUUGAGCUGCGAAAAUUGUUCGAACGUUUUGGUGAAGUCACAGAAUGUUCAAUCCUUGGCAAUUAUGCCUUUGUACACAUGAAGACAGAAGAUCAGGCAGGCAAUGCUAUCAGGAACUUGAACAACUGGGACCUCAAUGGCUUCAAAAUUAGUGUAGAGCAAUCCACGGGUGAGAAGCGAGCAGGUGGUAUGGGUGGUAUGGCUGGUGGAAGAGGUAUGGGUGGGGGCUUCCGAGGGCGUGGUGGCCCAAUGAGGGGAAGAGGCAUGGGCAGACCAGGUCCAUAUGACCGCAGACCACCAAUGGGUGAUCGAUAUGGCCCACCUCCCCCUGGGCCCCCACCACCUGCUCCCCCCAUGAGAAACGGAUAUUAUGAUGAUUACGAGCGCAGAGACCGUCGCCCACUGCCACCUGCAGGUGGUCUGGACAGGCGCCCCCCACCUCCCCCCAUGCCCAGGGAGCCCGCAUACAGAGAUCCCUAUGACCGAUACGAUUCAUAUGAACGUAUGCCCCCUCCACCUAUGGGCAGGCGCACCCCACCACCCAUGGACAGGCGGCCACCUCCCAUGGGCUAUGAUCGCAGAGAUGACCCUUACGGAGACAUGUAUGGACCACGAGCCGAGCGUGACAUGUACGGAGGUGGACGGGAAAUGUUCCCUCCUCGUGGAAGAUCCCCUCCCCGACGCAGUCCACCACGCCGGUUAAACUGGGACAUGACCAGUAUGGGUUGAUGACAUCCAGUUGAACCCAGAUGAAGGUUGUGAAGCAGCCCAAAGCCUGACACUUUGGUGGUAGUCGUCGCCUGGAAUUGCAGUUAACCUCAACGAGGAAGUUCUUGAAAUUGAAUCAAUGGUUGAGGACUGCUGUUUGCUACAAUUCACUUGAAUGGAUCUCAGAGCAAGAAAAUCUUAAGAGCUUCCAUUAUAAUUUUUAUAUUGUAAAUGUAUUUCUUGGUUGAAUUAUAGAAAUCCUCAGUAAUCGGUAUUUUUUGUUUUAAAUAUGAUGGCUCAGGGUUUAAGUAAGGUGAUAUUGUAUUGUAUGCAAUAAAAGGAAAUGUUGA